GGGAAACGUCACUCCCCAAGCGCCUGCUCCAUCGCGGAAAGGGAAGUUGGCCCGGCGGCUGCUGGGCUUGGUUGUUAGCUGAGGUGGCGGGCUGUUUUGACCCGGGUGGAGGCUGCCCCGGGGCUUCAGGGAGAUGUUGCCAAGUACUUCCCUAGGGCACGGGAAUGGAGUAUUGAAUUCCAGAGAUGCAGCAAGACACACAGCUGGAGCAAAACGCUACAAAUACCUGAGAAGGCUUUUUCGUUUUCGGCAGAUGGACUUUGAGUUUGCUGCUUGGCAGAUGCUCUACCUGUUCACUUCCCCGCAGAGAGUUUAUAGAAAUUUUCAUUAUCGGAAACAGACAAAGGACCAGUGGGCCAGAGAUGACCCUGCUUUCUUGGUCUUACUAAGUAUUUGGCUCUGUGUGUCCACUAUAGGAUUCGGCUUUGUGUUGGACAUGGGAUUUUUUGAGACAAUAAAGCUGCUCCUUUGGGUUGUGUUCAUUGAUUGUGUAGGUGUUGGUCUUCUCAUAUCAACUUUAAUGUGGUUCAUCUCUAACAAGUACUUAGUGAAACGGCAGAGUAGAGACUAUGAUGUGGAGUGGGGCUAUGCCUUCGAUGUUCACCUGAAUGCUUUUUACCCACUCUUAGUGAUUCUGCAUUUCAUCCAGCUUUUUUUUAUCAACCAUGUUAUCUUAACCGACACAUUUAUUGGAUAUUUACUUGGAAAUACCUUAUGGUUGGUUGCAAUUGGCUAUUAUAUCUAUGUAACCUUCUUAGGAUACAGUGCAUUGCCAGUUUUGAAAAAUACAGUAAUUCUUCUCUACCCAUUUGCACCUCUCAUUCUACUCUAUGGACUGUCACUAGCUCUAGGAUGGAACUUUACCCACACACUCUGCUCCUUCUACAAGUACAGAGUGAAAUGAAGAGACUUUCAUUAUAAUUGUCGACAGUAUCGAUGAAGUAGUGAUUUCUUAUAAAACUUGUAAAUAUACAAACAUUGUAGAUAUUAUAGAAGGUGUAAAGCUUGCAAAUUUGAGGAAAUAUACAGUGACAUUCCUUAAACUAAAUGUACAUUUCUAUAAUAAAUAUUUUUAAACUAAA